GUAUUUUUAGGGAAAUAAGCCCGCGGAAUAAUAACUGCAGACUUCCGGUGUAGAAUCGUCUUGUACUUAUAUGAAAUUGAUUUCCUUCUGCGAGCUUAGCUGUAUAUGUACUUUUAAUUAGAAGACGUAUUCUGAAUUCUAGGGGUGCCAAAACAAACACUGGAAAUGAAGACGUGUUUUUAAGUAGGCUACUUAACCUUCAAUCAUACAAAAACACGUUUAUACAACUACCACUUUCAAAAACGAGCCUUUCUUCUCAGGAUUCGAGCGCAAUUCGAAGCUGACCAGAAAUUCAUAAACAUCUCGGAGAAUUUUUUUUAAAGGACUGCAUUCAGUCUGUGGGGCUAUGACGGGAUGAAUGAACGACUCGAACCCGAAGACUCGAGAGGCGAACUAAUCAUUUCUGUUUCCAAGACUGCCUAUAGGGCUGUCACUGCCCAGAUCAGACACUGAUGAUGGAAUUGACGACUUGAACCUGAAGACACGAGAGCACUUUUUACCUUUAGGCCUUAAAAUGGCAGAAAUGCAUAAAAGUCUGAAUCUGGUCCUACUUGGAAAAGCAGGAGUUGGGAAAAGUGCAACUGGAAACACAAUACUGGGACGAGAAGCUUUCAAAUCAAAGAAAAGCGUUAAUUCAGUCACACAAGAUGUAGCUGCUGAAUCUGGGACUGUCUGUGGACAACAGAUCGUGGUUUAUGACACACCUGGAAUCCUUGACACAGAGCAGAAUGAAAAGAAGAUUCAGAUGAUAAAUGAAAAAGUUUUGCAGAAAUGUGAAUCAGGUCCCUGUGUGUUUCUGCUGGUCAUCAAAGUUGACAGAUUCACAGAAGGAGAUAGAAAAACUGUGGAGAAUAUCGAGAAGGUCUUGGGAGUAAGGCACAUAGAGAAAACCUGGAUUCUGUUCACUGGAGGAGAUCGACUACUAGAGGAUGACUCGACAAUAGAAGAAUUCUUCAGUGAUAAUGAACCCUUAAAGACACUCCUUCAGAAAUAUGAUCAGAGAUACUGUGUGUUCAACAACAACAACAAGAAGAGAGGUCCUAAUGAACAAGAUCAAGUUAAAAUGCUGCUUACAGAAAAACUUGGAAUAAACUGUGACACAAAGGAACAAGGAGCAACAAGCAAGCAGAUGCAUGUUUACCCUCCACCUCCACCUCUAUUCCAAUUGUGCCAACAAGCUGCUCCUGUACAACGUCCCAGAAGCACUGACUCAGGUAGGAAUGUGGUGUGCCCUCGACAUGGUAAAAUGCGGAAAAUUUUCUGCCGUACCGACCAGCAGUGUAUCUGUAUUCUGUGUUUGAUGGAUGAACACAGAAAUCAUGACACUGUAUCAACUGCAGCAGCGAGGACUGAGAAACAGAGUCAUUUUGAGGAGAAACAGAGGAACAUCCAGCAGAGAAUCCAGCAGAGAGAGAAAGAUCUUCAGCAGCUGAGAGAGGCUGUGGCGUCUCAUAAGCGCUCUGCACAGACCGCAGUGGAGGACAGUGAGAGGAUCUUCACUGAGCUCAUCCGCUCCAUUGAGAGACGUCGCUCUGAGGUGAUUCAGCUGAUCAGAGAUCAGGAACGAGCUGCAGUGAGUCGAGCUGAAGAACGACUGGAGCAGGAGAUCAAUGAUCUGAGGAGGAGAGACGCUGAGAUGAAGCAGCUUUCACAAACACAGGAUCAUGUUCAUUUCCUCCAGAGUUUGUCGUCUGUCUCUCUCUCUGGAUCUACAGAUGGCUUCACUGUCAGUUCUCAUCUGUCCUUUGAUGAAGUAGUGAAAUCUGUCUCUCAGCUCAGAGACACACUGCAGCAGUUCUGCAGCGAGGAGACAGAAAAGAUAUCUGGAAGAGUGAAAACUGUCCAGGUCAUUCAGACUCCUGAAUAUCAGACCAGAGAGGAGUUUCUACAGUAUUCCCGUCCGUUGACUCUGGACCCAAACUCAGUGAAUUAUUGGCUCCGUCUAUCUGAGGGAAACACAGAGAUCGCUUUCGCUGAUACAUAUCAGCUGUAUCCUGAUCAUCCAGACAGAUUUGAUUGUUGGACGCUGGCGUUGUGUAGAGAGAGUCUGACUGGACGCUGUUACUGGGAGGUGGAGUGGAGUGGAGAUGGGACAUCAGGAGCAGAUAUAGCAGUGGCAUAUAAGAGCGUCAGGAGGAAGGGACUAGGUCCUGAGAUUGAUGCUGGACGUAAUGAUCAGUCCUGGAGAUUGUACUGCACUCCCUCUAGUUGCUCAUUUUUUCACAAUAACAUUGAGACUGAACUCUCUGUAGUCAAUGUCUCCAGUAGAAUAGGAGUGUAUGUGGAUCACAGCGCAGGGAUUUUGUCCUUCUACAGCGUCUCAGACACAAUGAGCCUCAUCCACAGAGUCCAGACCACAUUUACUCAGCCGCUCUAUGCCAUGCUUGGACUAUAUUAUAAGACAAGGAUGAAACUGUGUCAAAUGACCAAGUAAAUCAGAUAUUCUAUGCAUUAUUAUGUUUUUUAAAACAUGAUUAAACAGUACUAGUAAGAAAUCAUGGGGCUUAUUUUGUCAUCAAAAUUCCACCAGUGUAUGUGUGAUAAUCACAGAUAUAAUACGAGUAAGAUUUCUCAUUAAAUGAGUAUAAACAUGGCUGUAUAAGAGAUAAUGAAUGUUUAAAAAAAAAUGUGUGGAAAUUUAUCAUUUUGUUUUGAUUUUUUUUUUGUUUGAAAUUUGAUUAAACUUUGGAUUGACUGUAAGAAGUAGCUUACAGAUCACCCAGUGGUGUAUAAAGUACUCGAAAAGCAUACUUGAGUAAAAGUAUAGAUAUCUUACCAGAAAAUGACUUUGGUAGAAGUUAAA